AUGGCCAAAACAAAAACCAACACAAAAAACUUAAUAAAAUUAUUUAAUCCAUCUACUUUCCUUUCUUACCAAUUGUCAUCCGACCAAUGGUUUGCUUAUCGUUUUUCAGAUCCCUUUUCACAACUCCACUUUCUCGUGUUAAACAAGACACUAAAAUCAAUAUUUUAUCCCUCCUGUAAACUAGACAAAUGCAAACACUAUUCUCCCACUGAUCAUCUGGACUUUAUUCCACUUACAACCUAUUCCAUUUUUGUCAAGCAGCACAGCUACCAUGUCUGCCACUCAUGCUUUUCGCCAAAUCAACGCUUCAUUCCUGAGAACCAUGAUAUCCCCCUCUUACAGUCCUGCUGUCUCCUGGUGUACAACCGUCUUGAUUUGGUGCCCAUCCUGAUAUACACAAAGGCAUGUCUCAACAAGACAAGAAACAGAAAGUACAACAAAAAAAGCACCUGCCUUCAGCAAGCCUGUAACAUAGUCUUGCCAUACAUUGUCCAGUUGGUCUUUCUUGUGUCCAGGCAUAUAGCCUCCAACUAUCUCAUGAUCAUCAGGAACCAGAUCCACUUUUCAGCAAAAAUCAAAAAAAUCUCUCUUAUCGACUUGGGUGCUUUGACAGAAACACAUCCAACGUAUUUCCAAAGACUUUUCAAACGUGUUCUUACAAUCACACCCAAAGAGUUCGGCUUUAACAGCAAGCUUAUCCUCCAAUACCAUCUUAUACACCAUAACACAAGCUGCUCCUUCAAACCAACCAUUCAUUUCUCUCCAUCCACCGCCAGCAUUCGAUCAACAGCCCAACACACACAGCUCUCACAUACCACUCCAGGCGUCUUCAAUAACAGUGAUGAUCACAGCAGUGCUUCCGAUGUCUCUAUCAAUGUCUCAGAUACUGCUUCCAGUGGUGCCGCCCACACUUCCACCACUUAUGCUUCUGAUGAUGGUGUCUCACAUCUAUUCACUUCAACCAAAAACUUGUCCACAAACAAAGACACCAUCUUCUGA